GUGUUCCUCACUCACAGUCUUUAAAAGCAUUGGCAAAACCAACAAACACACCCAAUUAGAGAAGCUAGCUUUCUUCAUCCCUUAUUUUCCACUCCACUAAGAUAAGCAAGCUACCAACCGAACUUUCAAAUGGAAGCCACACCAGCUGAUCAACAGGUUCCUCCUCCCGGUGAAACCCUCAAGUAUCAUACGUGGGUUUUGAAAGUCUUGAUCCACUGCGAUGGCUGCACAAAGAGAGUCAAGAAAAUUCUUCAGGGAAUUGAAGGGGUUUACACAACAGAAAUUGAUUCUCGGGAGCACAAGGUUACAGUUACAGGUAACGUGGAAGCUGAGACUCUCAUCAAGAAGCUUUCAAGAUCAGGAAAAUCAGUGGAGCUUUGGCCACAAAUAGAAAAGCCUCCUGCUGAUAAGAAGAAGAAAGCUAAAAAGCCUUCAAAAUCAAUGGUUGAAAAUGAUGAAAAUAUUAUUGACAAUAAUAAGGAAAAAGAAAACCAGAAGAAGAAUAGUACUGAACCAGAUGGUGACAGUGGUAGUGGUGAUCAAGGUUGUAUAGAUGAUGUUGUAGGUGAUGGCGAAGAUUCAGAUUCAGAUAAAGAACAUGGUGAUAAUAAAUGUGAUGGCAGUAGUGGUGGAAAAAAGAAGAAGAAAAAGAAAAAGAAGAACAAAGGUAAUGGUUCUGCUGCUGCAGCAUCUAAUAAUGAAGGAGUAGAAAAAGAAACAACAAUUGAUGCACAUGUACUUGAAAAAGUUGCUACUACUACUCCCAAGGAAAUUAUUAAUAUCCCUCCAAUUCAGCAUGUUUACCCAUAUCCACCACAAAUGUACUAUUCACACCCUCCUCAAGUACCACCACCACCACCACCAUAUGGGUUAAGCUAUAACACAUCCUAUCCUGUUUCUAGUACUUCUUCUUAUUAUGUUGGUGCUCCUGUCAUGCCUAUGCAUGCAUACUCUAGAAUGCCUCCACCUCCUCCACCGUCUGAUCCAAUCAAGAAUUACUAUGCUCAUCAUGAUGAUGAUAAUGAAGGUGGAUAUUGCUCCAUUAUGUGACAAUUGCUAUAAAGUUGUGUAUUAAUUGCUAGUGUUGUUGUUUGUUAGUGCUAAUUGUGAGGGGAAGUGGGGAUUUUAAUUUUGUAAUAUGUGCUAUGAAAAUAUAGAAAUUAACUAGUUCGCUAAAGUAAAUAAAUUUGGAUCUUCGUCUUAUGUCCGUCCGUAGAUUUUAGAGUUGUUGAGUUUAAAAGAGAGAAAUGAUUAGAAUCUUCUCGAAUCUCAAUUCAGAUCCAAUAACUCUACACUUAGAUAAACUCAAAAUAUGCACGGACAAAGGCAGCGAAUAAAAAAAAGGAUUACUUUUAGGACCAAAAUAUCCCUCUUCUCUCUAUCUAAGUAGCUAAUGUUAAUUCAUCCAGGAUUAUACA